AAUCCGAUUAGUUUUUUUUGUGGAGCAGAAAUCACUCGAUCCCUCGAUUUCCUUCUCUCACUCUAACGCGCUCUUUCCCUUUCCUCUCUGUGCUACGAUCCUCUGCGACGCAGAUCUCAGUUUCCCUCCGCGCAAUCUGACUGGAGCCAUGACCGAUCAGCUGACGGAUGAUCAGAUCUCAGAGUUCAAGGAGGCAUUUAGCUUGUUCGAUAAGGAUGGAGAUGGUUGCAUCACCACCAAGGAGUUGGGUACAGUGAUGCGUUCACUGGGCCAAAAUCCAACAGAAGCAGAGCUGCAGGACAUGAUAAAUGAAGUGGAUGCAGAUGGAAACGGUACAAUUGACUUCCCAGAAUUCCUCAACCUCAUGGCUCGCAAAAUGAAGGAUACAGAUUCUGAAGAGGAGCUCAAGGAGGCAUUCAGGGUUUUUGAUAAGGAUCAGAAUGGAUUUAUCUCUGCGGCCGAGCUUCGUCAUGUAAUGACCAACCUUGGCGAGAAGUUGACAGAUGAGGAGGUUGAUGAGAUGAUCCGUGAAGCUGAUGUUGAUGGUGAUGGCCAAAUCAACUACGAGGAGUUUGUGAAGGUCAUGAUGGCCAAGUAAAGAAACCUCACAUUUCCUUACCUCACUUAAUGAUGGCUAAGUGAUGAUAUGAUGGAAGAGUACUUUCACGCAGAUUAGUACCAGUCAACGUUGCCCUUUUCUCUCAGUUAUCUUUUUAGUCGUAGUUGUGGAGGGAAAAAAAAAGAUGAGACUUUGCUGGCUUUUGUUCUAAGUGCUUGUGUUUGAUCUCGCCUGUUUGUCUAUGUUUCUUAUAAACCUCAACUAAUUCAUUUCCUACUGUUUGGAAGCUUUUUCCUUAAUUUUGGCUCUGUCUGCAGUUUUAUUUUUGUUUAAUUUUUAGACUAAUGAAAACUGGAUGAUUGAUGAUUGUCCUGUUGACAGAGCUGAACAUUGUUAAACACACUAAUUGUUGUAUUAAAUGCCUCUCUUCUUUA